AUGACGGGUAUCAGAUUCAUGGAUCUUAGCGCCCCACGACGGUCGACGUAUGCUUCUCAGAUACCUUCCCGUCAGCCUCGCAACCCUUCAGAGAUACCGCUCGCAGAGUAUGCUGUGGCCAUGGCUAUUGAUAUUCCGCAGCUCGUGCUGUAUUCGCGGGUAGCCCGAGAUCUGGAAGGAUGGAUAGAACAAAGUAAGGUCGAAUUCAGACAGGCAGAGGAAGAAGCUGCAAAGGUGACUCCAUUAUUGUUCGCGGAGUAUCUUCGCACGGAUGAGGAAGGUCAGAAGGAUUUGACGCGUCAAUUGAAGUUGAUCAGGACGAACGUUCGGCUUGAGGCCAAAUCGGACUGGUAUGGUUGGAAGUUACAGUGGCUGGAUAGUCUGAAGUACGGUACACAAGCAGCUCUCACCAAUUUGCAAAACGAUGCCAAAGCCCUCGAGAACUUGAAAGCGAAAACUGAUGAAAUCGUUCCUGAUUUGGAGCGGGAGUACAACGAGAUCGUGCGCGAAUUGCAAGCCGAACAACAGGAAGUAGCGGAAAUUGAGCAAUGCGAUCAGGACUAUCUUAACGAGCUUAAAAAUUCCAUUGCUGAGCAAAACGUAGAAGUGGAAUCCCUUAGGGCUGAAGUCAAAGAAGCCAAUGAUCAACUCCACUGGUUGGAGGAGCGACUGGAAAAUGUUGUUUUGCAAAAACAGGAGGCUACGUCUGCAAUCGCCGAAGCUAAUAGACGUUUGCAUAUACAGACCAACAGUACUGGUGUAGAGGUUAUCCGACUUCGAAAUGAGCUUCAAGCUUUAGAAGACCUCCAUAUGUUUCAUAUAUCAAAAGUCCAACCAGAUCUGUUUGAAUUUACCUAUGCAUCUGCAUAUCACAUUACGAUACCAUGUCAAGAUUAUCUUCCACUCGUGGACAGUGUCGAUAUUUCGAGGCUCCCAGAGCUCUGUACCAAGUACAAGGACGAAUUUCCUGUUUUAACCAAUUUUUUGCUUUCCGCUGCGAAAGAGUAUAUACGUGAUAGCAAGGCAUCAAGUAUUCGACGUAUCAUCCAACGCCUCGCAGACUUUUGGACCUCGGCUACGCAGAUCCGUGCACAAAUCCGUCAACUUUCGAUUAAAUACCCUGUUACGAUUGAGGCUCGAGAAACACCUAAAAAGCCGUUCUCGGAAUUCUCAGCGCGCGCGAUGGUUCUAUUUCCUGCCAAGAAAGCAAAGGCUUAUAUUUCCUUUGUAUUUGACCUUGAUACGUUUUCUCGGUGGCCUGCUUCCAUCGGUUCUCUACGCUGGGAAAUUCGAAAGGGUUAUGGGAAGAUAGAUGAGCAGGCUAUUCUUGAAGCUAUCACGCAGAGGAUGGAGCAGGUGACGCCCUCGGAAAACUAUGCUUGUCUAAUAGAUGCAUGUAUAGAGGCGCAAGAGAUAUGUGGUUGA